AAAAAUAAAGAUAUUCUUAUCCACUUGGUUAACGUUUUUAUAGUUUUUCACAACGGAUAAUGUAAUAUACACACACAUAUAUAUUUCUUAAAGAAAUAUGAACAAUAUCGAAUAAAACUGAUUCGAGUAAUCGUGAAGUUAUUUUACCAUCGGGAAAAACAUUAUGUUAUAAAUCAAAAUAUCGAUUUGAUCUUUCAUACGUCCCUGUCACUUUCGUCGAAGAAAUCGUAUACUUUCAAUCGUGUGUCAUAAGUUUCUAUAAUCACAAGUGUUAAAUGGGUGUUUUUCUGUAACUUUGCUGGGUGAAAAAGUGUCCUUAAAUUAUAAAUACCGAUAGUGUCACAGAAAGAAAUUAAAUAUUAUUAAAUUGUAUGUGAGAUCGUACUUGAUGAUAUGAAUGUAUCGGAUGAAAUGGAAAAAUCGUGGGAACGAUCAUGGACUACAGAAGAAAUGAGGAACAAGAGACAAGAAUGGAGUCUGGCAGCUGAUGCAGGAUUAUUAAAACAUCUUCAACAAUUUUCUGAAAAUCUAGUGUCAAAAGCUAACAAGACUCAACAAGCUAUAGAUUCAUUAACAACUCAAUUAAGUGAGACUGCAAUAAUUAUAGAUAAUGUAACCAAUACUUCUUUGGCAUUAGCCAAUACUCAGUUUAUUGAGAGUCGAGUACAAGAAGAUGAUAUAGAAAUUGAAAAAAAAAUAGAAGACUUGCAAAAGGAUUCUAAAGAGCAAGAACUCCCAACUACAGAUCUUAUUGCCAGUAUAAGCGAAAGUAUAAAACAAGGUUUAAGUAUAAUGGAUGAAAAGUAUAAAAGGAUGGAAGUUAUUGAUAGCGAUAGUGAGGAUGAGGAUGAUGCAAGAUUUAUGAGUGUUAUUUUGGGGCCAUUUCAAGAUCCAUAUCAAGAUCGACCUUUGCCUUACGUCAUUGGUUCAGAUAUAUGGAAUACUUCUAAUAAAAUUGGUUUAGAAAGCAGCAGCAGUGAAUCUGAGCAAGUGGACGAAGAAGAGGAUGAAUCGGAAAGUGAUAAAGAAGAAGAAAGAAUACAAGAAUCUUUCAAUCCAAAAAACGAGCAAAACAUAAAUACCAGGUUAUCUUCUUCUUUGAGCGAAUCAGAAAAAUCGAACGAUGUUUCGUACGUGAAUCAUGGAAAAUUAGACAGUAUAUCUCAGAGUACUAUGAGUUUUGCAUCUGAUUCUACGACUCCUAUUAAGGAUCCACCAAAGGUCCAGGUUGCUAAUGAGACACCUAACUUUGCCGAAGAACUAGCCAAGAGAUUAGGUAGCGUUCGACAAGCUCAAAAGCCUCCGAUAACGAAUGAAACAAGAGAACCUUCUAUUAAUAAAUUUAAAGACGAUCUAUUUACUCCAGAGGAUGAGGGUAUAGAAGAUUUCUUUAAUGAUAAACCCAACAAUCUCUUUGACGAUAAUAAAGAAAUCUUCGAAGAUAAUGUAUCGACGAAAUUAUGGGAAAAACAACCUGUUUUUCAAUCGAAUAUUAUUCCACCUAGUAUGGAUGUUCCACCACCUAUCAGUACAAUAUCUAUGAAACCAAAAUCAGCGAUCGAUGAUUUAUUCGCCGAUGGAGAUUCAGAAGAUUCGGAUGACAUUUUUUCAUCGAAACAACCUGUAAAAAGGAUUACGAAGGAUACUACAUCAGAGAGCAAACAAGCUGUGAAUACAGAAAAUGUACAAAAGAAGUUCCUUGAUGUUGUGAUUGGCAAAACUGGUAAAACCAACUGGACAACUAGUACGCCAGAGUCCAACGUCGAUGUCAAUAAUCUAUUUAGCGAGGAAGAAGAAGACGACAAUGAUCUUUUUGCAACAUCUAAAAAGCAGUCCAGUAAACCUAUAGAAGAAACACAGAAUCCUGCUAAUUCGGAGAAUAAUAACAAAAAGAAAGCGGUAGAUGAUCUAUCGAUACUGGGUGGAAUUUUGACCUCUUCCGUCGAGAAUACAUUAUCGAGUAGAAUACCACGUCGUCAAUCAUCCGAUUCAUCCAACAGCGACACAGAAGAUGGAUCGAGCAACGAACUUAUAUUCGCAGAUAGUUCUAUUGCAAGGGCAGAAAAUUCAGGAAACUGGAACAGCGGUAACAGUAGUGGUAUAUCGAUUCAACGUCACAGUAUAAGCAGUACAACGAUUAAAACGAUGUCGACAGAUGACGUAUAUACUUCGACUCGUUUAAAUUCGGAAGAAUUGUAUCGUGAGAGAUUUGUCAGCGAUAGUCUUUUCGUGGCGAACACUUUGCAUCGUCCGGAAGUUAAUUCUACUUCCUUGAGGACGUCGAACAAUCAAUCGAACGUGGAGCAAACGACAGAGAUUUCGACAGGAUUGGACGAUGUCUUCGAGAAUAAGGAUCUCUUUGGUCCACCACCUCUUCCUAAAGCAGAUUCGAAGACGAACAAAUCGAAGAUCAAUUCACUCUUCGAUGAAUCAGAUUCAGGAGACGAACUUUUCUCUACGACUAGUUCUGGUUCAAGGUCACAAAAGAGUACAGACUUUUUAGCAACAACUCCUCAAUAUCCCGACAAAAAUAGAUCGUCCAAUCGUAAGGGUCUUUUUGACGAGGACAUCGACAUUUUCGGUAACAAAGAUUCACCAGACGUUGAUAUAUUCGGAAAUGUUUCGAAACCUUACAAAGAUAACACGGUUGGUUCGAAAAGAGUCCUGGAUAUCGCGUCCGAUAACUUUUCGGUCAAUAAAAUUCAUAGUACGAACGUUUCGAGAGAGAGUAAUAUUACCAAAGCUUCGGUUAAGUCAGUAACAACGAAGAAGAGGAGUCUUUUCGAUGACGAGGAAGAUGAUAACGUUGACGAUUUGUUUGGAGCGAAGAAUACGAGAGUCGAAAACAAAGUCGAGUCACAAGCUUUUGCCACCGAUUCUGGAAACGAUCUCUUUUCGACGAAACAACCGACGAAGACGAUAGAGGUAAUUGAUAAGAAAGCUUUGUCUCGGGAAGAAGAAGCAAAAGUGGAAGAUGUUAAACGUCAGACAAGUCAAACUUUGUCAAAAAAGUCGUCGGAAGGAAGAGCCGAUAACUUUUUAGCUACGUCUAGGCAGGAAGAUAAAGGACAGGACAAUCAGCGGAACGACGUCCUCUUUGAAGACGAUGAUUACGAGGAUCUAUUUGCUAACGAUAAAAAAGAUAAGAUCGAAGCGGAAGUGGAAAGUAAGGUAGAGAAUAUCGAGGAAUCGAAUCGAAUCGUAUCGAAGGAAGAAUCAGCUCAGGUAGAUGUCAAGUCCUCUGAUAAUUUUGAUGAUAAUAAUAGCGUCGAUAUUGAAAAUAAAAAGCAUCCACCGACAACGUUAAACAUUCGUACCACCACACCGUCCUUAGCGGAAGAUAAUUCUCAAGUGCCACGCCGAGCAGUCUCAGGAAAAAUCAAAGAUCUUAUGGGGAAAAUGGGUGAUUUAAAAAUUCUUUCUCCUACCGAUACACCACCGUUGUGGAGAAAGAGCGAAGAGAAGACGGACGAAGAGGAUGAGGUGAUCGAUAGGGACAGCGAUGACGGAGGCUGCAUCAGUACACAAAUUCGAACUUUGUCAACAGAAGAAAAUGAACCGGCUCGGUCAACUAAUGGUAAUAGUAACGCCGAAACUGCGAUUAGUUUUGAUGUACCGGCACAAGUAGAAACACUGUUGACUGCCUCCAAGAGUCGAGUGAGAAUUCAAGCAAAACGUCGACCACAAAGUAGGCAUGCACGACAAUCCGCUCUCAGACAGAGUGGUUUAGAUUUUGAUACCAUCGAUACGGCCGAAAAGAUUUCUCAAAAUGAAAAUUCUGAUAUUUCCAAAGAAUCAUCAAAUUCAACGAGUCUUAGUGUUGUUCCUCCAAAUGCUGAUCGUUUGAGUUUAUCCUCCUGCAAUCUUCUGGAUAAUAUUCCACGAAAUGUUGAAUUAAAUCCUUCGAUCGCUGACGAUAAAUCCGAACUUGGAAGUAUUAGCAAAGAAAGUUCUAUAAGCGUAAACAAAAAUACCUUGUUGUCUCCAUCAACCGACGAAGAAGAUUUAUUUGAUGUACCACCAGAUUUACCAGAGGAUCCACAGAGAGAAGAUACUUUGUUUGGACGAGCACCGAUACUUUCACCUAUUCAAAAUGUCUUGCCUGAUAGAGAACCUACAUAUGGUAGACCUUUGAGAGACACUAUUAUCGGUGGGAACGAUGAAAAUGGGAAAAUUGUUAGAAAAGAUUCGAUGAAAUCUGAAGUUAGUAAACAUAAUAAUUCUAUAGCUGAUACUGAUUUCGGCGUGGAGAAUGAAAAAAAGAUAGAAGUAAGAUCGAAUGAGAUCGAACGUUUUACGGAAGUUGAAAAGAAUAGAUCCGAAGAAAUAAACGACUCGAUAGAAACCACCAACGACGUGUUUGAACAAGAGUAUCCGAAAGGACCUAUAGAUCCUUUGCGUGAUAACAGCUACGAUCCUUUAAAAGAUCCGAGUCAAUUAUUUGCGUUUGUAACGAAAACUCCUUCGCCUGAUAAAAGUAAAGAUUUAUUAUUUUCGGAUGACGAUAGUCUUUUUAGCAGUGGAUUUAUCAAAACGAGGGAAGACGAAUCGCUGAGAAAACACGUUUCAGAUUUAUUCGCGGACGAUGCAAGCGGUGAUCUGUUUUCGGUACCUUUAACAAAGUCCGUGAAAAAGCCUUUGAAAGAUACCAAAAUCAGUUUCUUUGAUAAAGAUUCGGAUGGUCAGAACGAUGAAGAUGACAAUUUAUUUGGUUCCAUCACGAAGAAGGUGUCGAUCAAAAACGAACAACAAAAAAGCAUUGCAGUGGCAAAGGUUUCACAAAAGAAAAUCAAUUUUUUCCAAGACGAUGACGGCAAUGACAACGACGAUGUUAAUAGUUUGUUCGCAGAGCAGUCAGUACAGGCUCAAAAAGUCGAAUCAUUCAAAGUAUCUCAGCAAUCUGGAAAACUUGAAAGUAUUUCGUCCGUUGAUGACAAACCUGUUAAAACUUCCAAAUCGAUCGACAUAUUUGGUGAUCAGUCGAGUACGGAAGACGAUAUAUUUGCUUCUAUAAAACCAAUUUCAAAAAAGGUAAUACAUACCAAGUCAUUGUUCGCGGGUGACAGUGACGACGAUGAUAAUGAAUUUUUUAGUAAAUCGUCUUCUUUGGUAGAAUCCACGUCGAGCGAAAGUAGACCAAUCGUAAAAAAAUCUAUUACGCGAGACCUUAAAAAAACGGCCGAAAAAAUAGUCGAAGAUCCAUUAAGUAUAUUUCAAGAUGAUUAGUAGUUUCUUAAUUCGUGCGUGUGUAUAUUUGUCCAAGUAUUUUUUAUUUUCAAAUCCACAUCUUUUUCUUUUAAUAUGCUGCUGUUGUCGUCCUUCGACUUUUUAAAUUAACACAUAUGAAUAUUCGGCGGCAUAAGUAUUAAAAAUAAUAAAGAUAAUACACAUAGACACACACAUAUAAAAUCUUUUUUUGAAGUGAACAGAACUUUUUAAUUGACAUAACAAAACCCAAAGCGUUUAAAUACUGGGACAGUAAUCGUACAAUUAUGUGCAAUUAGAGAAUGUUUUUUAUUUAUAGAUUAGAAACGUUAGUUAUAUUAAUUUGAUUUAUUUUUUUAACAGAAUGAUCAUGUAUUCAAAAGAACAAUUAUACAAUAUUUUUUCACUUUCGAUAUUUAGCAUACGGAGAUAAUAAAUAUUAAAUUUUUCCGAUCUAACAAUCAACAAUUAUAAAAAUACAAUUUUUAUCAAACGUCAAGAACAACGAAGGAUGCAACACUAUCAAUAGUAAAUAUAUGCAAAUAUAUGAAAGAACGUUUAUAUUUAUUUUAACAAUUUAGAAUAGAGUAAUAAUACGUAGUCAUUAAAAUAGCAAAAUAGUACAUGACAGCAAACGUUGUAUAUUUUCUGUACCAAUAUCUAUUACAUAGUUAGCUUACAUAUAUAUUUGCUCAUUA